CCCAGGGGCAAAAUGGGAAAACCACCUCUUCAUAAAAAGUGAAUUAAACUUCCCAAUCUGUCUCUCCGCGUCUGUUCUCAUCUUCUCUACUGAGCUGAAUUUCUCUCGGGCUUCGUCUGAAGUAGCGGAUCUGGUGGAUGGGUACAUCAUCUGGCUCCAAUAUACACCACCAACCUUCAUCAAAGAUGCUUCCUCCUCGUCAGCAACCACGAGCUGGGGGACUACAAACCUCCCUGUCCCUUGUCUCUUCAGAUCCUCGGCUUUCCCCUGAAGAACCCAGAUCAAAUUCUGAUCACAGACGUGAGUCCCCUACUGAGAGUGCCAGUUCUCGAGAAACAUGGCCUACUGCUGAUGCCAUAAUGGCAAAGAAGAUGGAGAAUGGGAAAGCAGAAAAUGAUUGCCCAGAACAAUCAGUCAUUCGCCGUCUUUCCAGCGCUGAUAAGAUAUCUCUUCGAGACAUUGCAAGAGAGCGAGUUGAUAUAAUCUCUGAAAAGAUGCAUCACCUACCUGAUGAGUUUCAGGAAGAAUUAAAGAACAACCUCCGAGUAAUCCUUGAUGGGAAUGGUGGUUCGCAGCAGAGAGAUGAAUUUUUUAUCCUGCAGAAGCUUGUUCAAAGUAGAGCAGAUUUAACAGCGAAGACUUUGAUUAGAGCACACAGAGUACAGCUUGAAAUCCUUGUUGCAAUAAAUACCGGGAUUCUGGCCUUUUUGCAUCCAAAUAUCAGUCUGUCGCAAACUUCCCUUAUUGAAGUUUUCGUGUACAAGAGAUGCAGAAAUAUAGCAUGCCAAAACCAGAUUCCAGCUGAUGAUUGUACAUGCGAGAUAUGCACCAAAAGAAAUGGUUUCUGCAAUCUUUGCAUGUGUGUAGUAUGUAACAAGUUUGAUUUUGAAGUGAACACUUGCCGUUGGGUUGGUUGUGAUUUGUGUUCUCAUUGGACUCACACUGAUUGUGCUAUUCGGGAUGGACUAAUAUGCAUGGGUGCCUCUGGUAAGAGUGGAUCAGGGCCAUCCGAAAUGCUUUUUAGGUGUCGAGCUUGCAAUCGGACAUCUGAGCUACUGGGUUGGGUCAAAGAUGUUUUUCAACACUGUGCACCUGCCUGGGACCGGGAGGCUCUGACGAGAGAGCUUGAUUUUGUUAGUAGGAUUUUUCAUGGAAGUGAAGACCCCCGAGGGCAAAAACUCUUCUGGAAGUGUAAGGAACUCAAAGAAAAGAUAGAAAGUGGACUUGCAGAGUCAUCAGCAGCUUGCAGAGCAAUAUUGAUGUUUUUCCAAGAGCUUGAGGUAGACUCUCCAAAGAGCCUGGAAAAUGGGGAAAGUGGACGGCUGAUAGCCCCGCAGGAGGCCUGUAAUCGAAUUGCUGAAGUGGUGCAUGAGGCCAUAAGGAAGAUGGAAAUGGUGGCCGAUGAGAAGAUGAGAAUGUACAAGAAAGCCCGAAUGGCUGUUGAGGCUUGUGACAGGGAACUCCAGGACAAGGCCAGGGAAGUUCAAGAACUAAAGAUGGAGAGGCAAAAAAAGAAGGUACAAAUCGAAGAGCUGGAGAAAAUUGUGAGGCUCAAACAUGCAGAAGCUGAUAUGUUCCAACUCAAGGCUAAUGAGGCAAAACGAGAGGCUGAGAGGCUCCAGAGGAUUGCUCUUGCCAAGUCAGAUAAAUCGGAGGAAGAAUAUGCCAGCAGCUACUUGAAACAACGAUUGAGUGAAGCCGAGGCAGAAAAGCAGUAUCUAUUUGAGAAGAUUAAACUGCAAGAGAGUUCGCGGGCAUCCCAGAGCAGCGGUGGUGGUGGUGACCCAUCCCAGUUGCUGAUGUACUCGAAAAUGCAUGAUAUGCAUUACAACGCCCCUCCUAGGGCAGACUGCCUGCCAAACGAACGCCAUCCUUUCAGAAAAAAUCCUUGAGGAGUGGUUUCUAGUAUGUACCGUGUAUUAUUUUAACUUCAGUAGUAGCAAUGUUACUUUAUUUGGUGAACUAGUUUGAAUGCGAUGACUUGUUUAUUAUGACCUGUGGCCUGUGGGCAUUUUUAUCUAUCUACGAAGGCUGAUAGCUUUUUAACUUUU